ACGAGGUUAUCUUCAGACUUCCUUAAACUUUACAAAAUUAUAACAGAACGAUCUAUAUAUGGAUGUGCACAAGUCCUUGACAUGUAUGAAGACUCUGUGAAAUUCUUAUGUGCGAUUUUCUUCUUUUCAUUUAGAUAGCUUCUUACAAACAUCACGUAUGUGCUGGCAGGUAUUUACUUGUACCAGCACAAAAUUGCAUGUAGUAAAUUUAAUUAUCUUCAAUGGCUAUAAGUACUGAGAAGAUAGUUUUAUCAGGCCGCGGAGCUUUCAACUGGUCGUACAUUUUUGAGUAUUGUUGAAUUUCAAAGUAAUUUGCGACUUCAAAAGAUGGUGUCCAAUCGUCCGCGCGACUUCAUCAGCACAUUACAGGUGGUAGGUCUAUCCUCUCAGCUCAAUUCUUAUUUCCUACCAUGUCUUCCACACUUCACCUCGUAGAUCUUGUCGACACAUUUCCGUAUGAGACCAACGAAUUCUACUGGACCUUGACUACUUGUUGUGAACAACCUUUGGGAUACAUCACCCCUGAUAUUGCAAAACGUUUUACGAGAAAUGACCAUGCGCAUUAUUUCGAUGUAGAUAUGGCGAUACGACGUGUCAAAAUUAGCAACAAAUUGGACACAAUUGAAAAACGAGAUGCAGCCUUUAAAGAAAUUGCGUUAUUCUGGAGGAGAACAGAUCCUUCUCUCGAAAAGGGUUGGCGUGAUGAGCUGUAUACUGUGUAUUUCCCUAAAGCUACUCCAUACGCUCAUCUUGAACGUGCAUUCGCAUGUCUUCUAGGGGUAGUAACAUAUGGCGUCCAUAUCACUGGAUAUGUUCCGGCUGAUAAAACGCGUGAUAACACUUUGAAAAUCUGGGUUCCCAAGCGCUCGGCUACAAAGCAAACAUACCCUGGAAAACUAGAUAACACCAUUGCUGGGGGCUUGGCGUAUCCAUAUUCUAUCACCGAAAAUGCCAUCAAAGAGUGCUACGAAGAAGGAGGAUUGAGUGAAAGUUUUGUGAAACAAAACUUGGUUGGAGCAGGUGUGCUUUCAUAUAUGUGUCAGCCAUUUGGGCCCAAAGGGCAUGUACAGCCUGAAGUUGAGUACAUUUACGAUUUGAUUUUUGAUUCUGAGACUGACAAUAUUCCCCAACCGAUAGAUGGGGAAGCGGAAGAUUUCAAGUUGAUGCUGAUCACCGAAGUACACCAAAGGAUUUUAAAUGAUGAAUUCAAACCCAACUCCGCAUUGGUGAUUGUGGAUUUUAUGAUCAGACACGGCUACUUGAGUUGGGAAAAUGAGCCCCACUACUUGGAAAUCGUCUCUCGCAUCCACCGAAAACUUCCAUUUUCAACCAUGAAUUGAAAACAGGUCUUUGGAAGACCUCUCCAUAACAAGCUAUAUGAUGCUCACGAAGCUUCAUUUUGUUUUUCCCGUAUAGUAUUCCUUUAAACACGUAUGUUUCUGAUAAUGUGAAGUAUUCACCAUGGCUCAU